CAGGGCUGCCCGGGCAGAAUGUCACGAUGGACGAGGGGGGUGCGCCCCUGCUCCCUGACAGCCUCGUCUACCAGAUCUUCCUGAGCUUGGGCCCGGCCGACGUGCUUGCUGCUGGGCUGGUGUGCCGCCAGUGGCAUGCCGUGUCCCGGGAUGAGUUCCUGUGGAGGGAGCAGUUCUACCGCUACUACCAGGUGGCCCGCGACGUGCCCCGGCACCCAGCGGCCACAUCCUGGUAUGAAGAGUUUCGGCGGCUCUACGACACGGUGCCCUGCGUGGAAGUGCAGACGCUCAAGGAGCACACGGACCAGGUCCUGCACCUCAGCUUCUCACACUCCGGCUACCAGUUUGCUUCCUGCUCCAAGGACUGCACGGUGAAGAUCUGGAACAACGACCUGACGGUCUCGCUGCUGCACAGCGCGGACAUGCGGCCCUAUAACUGGAGCUACACCCAGUUCUCCCAGUUCAACCAGGACGACUCGCUGCUGCUGGCGUCCGGGGUGUUCCUGGGGCCCCACAACUCCUCGUCUGGUGAGAUCGCAGUCAUCAGCCUAGUGGCCGUUACCGGUGGGGACGACGUGCUCGUGGGUGAGGACAGAGGCCCAGAGGAGCAGGAACUGCCCCUUGGUCCCCCUGUGGCCCAGCCACUCAGCCCUUCCCACAGGACGGCCACACCUGUUUUCACCAGCAGUUUUGAGAUCCCGGCCUCAGAAGGGGAGCCCAGUCCCACCAGGGCACGUGCGGCCACCUGCAGUCCAGCCAGGGCCAGGAAGCCCGGUGCCCUGACAUCACCAGGACCCCUGGACCUGGUACCCACCCCCCUGCCCUCGCAAGGAUCUUGGAUCAGCCCUAUCUCCAGGGCCAUAUUGGGAAAGAUGGCCAUUGCCAGGUGCCAGCACCGGCCAGACCUGGAGCAGAGAGUGGGGGGCGGCAAGGUUAUGCACCUGGACUUCUGGUUUGAACGCACUGGACCCCCGCAGGGUUCAGGGGCUGUGCGGACAGGAGGCUGGGGGCUGGCUGCCUGUCCCGACUGGGGCAGCACCCACGACGUGUGGGUGGUGGCGACGGACUAUGAGGAGUACGCGCUUUUGUACACGGCGGGCACAAAAAGCCCGGGCCAGGACUUCCACAUGGCCACUCUCUACAGCCGCACCCAGACCCCAAGGGCUGAGGUAAAGGAGAAAUUCAGCACCUUUGCCAAGACCCGGGGCUUCACAGAGGAUGCCAUUGUCUUCCUGCCCGAGACCGACAGGUGCAUGGAGGAACACAGAUAG